UUCAAACUGUCGCCUUAUUAAAAGAAAAACACAAUUUCCACUUUUAUGGGGUCAUCAAUUGUUUUCUACUUUGUUCGCCAAAUUUUUACCAUCCUUGACUUGUGGUCAGGGGCCGAACAAAAUCAAUUCAAGGGCCACAAAUGGCCCAGGGGCCACACUUUGGACACCCAAGGAAUUUUUUUUGACCAAAGUGAUUUACAGGUCAUCCAGUAUGACUGAGAUAUUCUGCAAUAUUUCAGCCUCCUGAUGUUAAAACCUGUUAGAAGAUCAUUCUGUAAAAUUACAAAUGCAAACAGCACUUUUUGGUUCAUUUUUUAAAUUGAAAAACACGUAUCAUAUCACAAUUAUGCUAUAAUUUGUGACAAAAAUAAUAAAAAAGUUGGUAUGAGUAGUUUUUACAAGGAAAAGUUGAACAAGUGAGAAAAGCUUCAUGUUUCUGUUGCUCACUUUCAGCUCUGGCUCCAGUGUUGUGGUUUGGACGGCGUCCUUCCAGAUAAGCCAGCGAAUUAACCGUGACACACUUUCUUCUUCACUCUCUCUUCUCGUCCUUUACUGCAGCAUUCGCUCUUUUCAUCCACAUUUCCUCCAUUUUUACAGUUUCUCCACCAGAAGGCGGUUUAGCUGCCAGCUGAAAUGGGAGAGUGGGACCUACUGGGCCGGCUGCUGGAGAAAGUGCAGAGCCACUCCACCGUGAUCGGGAAAGUCUGGCUCAUGGUUCUGUUUAUUUUCCGGAUCAUGGUCCUGCAAACCGCCGCUGAAAAGGUUUGGGGCGACGAACAGUCCGACUUCAUCUGUAACACUCAGCAGCCGGGAUGCGAGAACGUCUGCUACGACGUCGCCUUUCCCAUCUCUCACGUCCGCUUCUGGGUCCUUCAGAUCAUCGCCUUGGCAACCCCAAAGCUGCUGUACCUCGGCCAUGUCCUCCAUGUGAUUCACAUUGAAAAGAAGAUGAAGGAAAGGAUGAAGAACCAGGCAGAGCUGGACGACAAAGUGAGUCUCUUCCUCAGGAGGACCUUCAAGGUUCCCAAAUACACAAAAAGCAGUGGGAAGAUCAGCAUCCGUGGUCGCCUCCUCCGCAGUUAUGUCCUGCAUCUCAUUGCCAAGAUUGUUCUGGAAGCCCUGUUCAUUGUGGGUCAGUACUUUCUGUAUGGUUUCACCCUUGAGCCCCGGUACGUGUGCUCCCGCUCCCCAUGCCCUCACAAGGUGGACUGCUUCCUGUCCCGACCGACCGAGAAAUCCGUCAUCAUCUGGUUCAUGCUGGUGGCGGCCGUGGUCUCGCUCGCCCUCAGCGUCGCCGAGCUGCUCUACCUGCUCGUGAAGGCGGUGAAGGAAUGCGCGGCCAGACGGCAGGACUACACCGUCACCCCGGUGACGCCCCCGAGGUCGAAGAAGAAAGUUUUUCAGAAGCAAAGCGAGAUGAUCCAGAAUUGUGUCAACCUGGAUUUGGAGCUGCAGGGGAGGAAAUCAGGGAUGAACGGGACGGUAGGCGCUGUAGACAUGGCGACGGAGAGCAGCAUUGGGGAGGUCCACAUCUGAGUCAUCAAUCUGCGUUUUGUUUGAUCGGCAGACAGGGAAGUCUUGGUGAAGUAAAUAAAGUGGGGAUGGAGGUCACCAUCUUCCGUUCACAGAACAAAGUUACACAGAAUUACUUAAAUGAGUAAAAAAUGAAACUAAAAGCUUCAUUAUUUUAAAGGGGACCUGUUAUGCGUCCUUGAACAAGUUGGAAUGGGUCUCUGGGCUGCACCAAACAUGUUUGUUUACAUACACAAAUGAUUCUUAGAUAAUAAAUUUUAAAUGGUCACUUCUGCCUAUUUUUAGCUCCUUUCAGAAUGAGCUGUUUUAGGGCUCUGUCUCUUUAAAUCCAGACAAUCUGCUGCUGGCCACGCCCCCCCAUCUUUACGUUUACACUCACACGUGAAAAUGGCUGCAAACAGAGGCGCAACUAUAAAACCGUACAUUUUAAAUCUUGAGUCCAAACUAAACACUUGUCUUUUCCAAACAUGCUGGAGUUCUACUUGGUUGCUAGGUAACGGGGCUGGGCUCAGCUGGGGUUGCUAGGUAACGGCAAAGUGACUCAAGGUUGUGACUUAAUAAUUGUAAAGUUUUUGAAACGGCUCAUUUUCCAUGCAUCAAAAAACGUAUUGCCAGAAAAUGGCUGUUUUUUUUAAAGAACUUUGUUUUUAGAAGCAGUAGAGACCCAAACAGAAGUGAAUUUUUCAUAAUAGGUCCCUUUUAAUACAAAGAUCGUUUUUGUGGAUAUUAAUAAUUUUUAUAUUAGAAGUCUACAAUUUUACAAUACAUAGGUUUUAAAGAAUAUUUUUAGUGUUGCAUGUAUUGUUUUUAACUAGUCAAUUAAUCGCUAACUGAAGUAUACAGACUAAUGAAAAAACAUAUAUAUAUGCAUAUAUAACAUUUGAGAUAAAAACAGCUUUUUCUGUCAAAAUGUUUAACUCAAAACUCUUCACAUGGCCUAGUUUUAGCUUCACCUGGUUCA